UGGAGGUGCUUUCACACAGAGACCUGAUAUGAUCAAAUGGAUGUUUGGACACAAGCGUAUAGCUGAACUCAUUGGAAUUAAACCUGCUGUUAGUAAUGUUAGUGAGAUAUAUGGAGACAGACUGGAGCUGGACCAUAAGACCGGAUCUCUCACCAUCACAAACAGCACAACCGAAGACUCUGGACGUUACACAUUGAAGAUCGGCUCUGAAAGGAGUCGUCACUGUCAGUUCGAUGUCACUGUCAGUGGUCGGCUUGGGGAAAAACGUCCAGAGCAGAAAACGGCGAAAAUUAAGCCGGUGUCAGUGAAUGAGGGAGAAUCUUUAACUCUCAGCACUGGAGAUGCUUUCACGCAGAGUCCUGAUAUGAUCAAGUGGAUGUUUGAAAACAUUUGUAUUGCUGAAUUCACUGGUAUACAAUAUUCUGCUGAAGAUGUUGAUAAAGAUGACAGAUUCACAGGCAGACUUGAGCUGGACUGUAAGGAUGCAUCUCUCACCAUCAAAAACAUCACAAGCACAGACUCUGGACGAUAUAGACUGAGAACCAGAACAGGGGAUUCAGAAAGAACAUUCAGUAUCACUGUCAGAGUGAUUUCUACAAAUCCUGAAGGGAAUGAUUCAGAGGCGGCACACAGACCGACUGAAUCAGAAAGUUUGUUGGCUGUUCGUGUUGUGGAUAAUAAGGAGGAGAUGAGACUACAACAAUAUUAAAAUGUAUAUAAACAUAACUGAUCUUUUUCAGUGAAUGAAAAUACUAUAAAGUCUGGUCCACAUUACAGCGCUAUCUAAGAACCGCUCAUUCACUGACAUGUAAACAUCCAGAGUUUGCUUAUUUACACAACAUUUAUAUUCAUGUAACAGACCUUCAUUGAGCAAAGUGUUCUCUGUGAGUGCUUGUACUGAAAAUGACAAGUGCCACAUGAUGUGUGUAGACCUUGUUCUCUGAAAUACUGUCCACAAGUAAUGAGAACAAACUCUUGAAACAAAGCAGAAUUUUUUUGCAUGAACCAGACGUUUCAGAGGGACCACAGCCUCCUCGUAAAUGAACAGAAAAAACAUUGAUAAUGUAUAUGAUAGUGACACAUUAACUGGAAAUGUACACUAUUUUCACUUAAUAAAUCUGUUCACUUUAUGUUAGGCUGUGAUCUGUUGUUCUGUCUUCUGA